UUAUCCUGUCCAGAGAUGUGCAAUUCGAUGAAAGACAAACAGAAUGUGAGUAUCAAGCUAAGCUUCCGUUUAGGGAUAUUGAAAAAGAUCACAAGCAAGGAGACGAAAGUGAAGUCGAGCCUCAAAUUAAGGACAUUGACGAAGAACGCAUGCAAAAAGAUGAACGUGAAGACGACCUCGAUACAAAGAUCGUUGAAGAGGACGGUUUUCAGUCACUAAGCGAUGACGAAGAAGAGUCAAAGAGUAGCUCCGAAGAACAAGUGUUGGAUGAAAAGACAACCCUGAUCACGUACAAUUAUACAUACAUACAUUUACAUCUAUUAUAUGACAUAUGGAUAUGACUGUCAAAAAUAUCAAGAGCAACACUUGUUGCACACGUGUCGAGAAGACAGCUUCUUUCUAGAAUCGUUCUUUUCCUUUUUGUAUAUUUUAUAGUUUAAAUAAAGGAUUAUACUAACUUUAAAGAAGCGUAUCAAUGGCGACGAGGAUCAAGGUAUCCUAAAUAAGUGGAAAAUAACUUAGUUUGCAAAAAAAAAAAAAAGUAGAAACAAGUCUUUUGCAAUAAUACAAGUAACCUAAAUUAUGGAUGCUGAAAUGAAGGCGUUCUUCCAACCAAUGCAACAGCAGCGGGAAAAAGACAGUGCCGCCAUGUAAGAACUGGUGAAGCAACUUCUGGAGGCUAAACAGCCAUCAGGCAACACGAGACAAGCUGAAAACUCGACAGAAUUCCGUAUAGAGGCUUUGUCAACAAGUAUUCAAGAGUUCUCGUUUAGCGCUGAAGAUAGCCUCACUUUUGACAUGUGGUAUGCACGAUACGAAGAUUUGUUUGAAGUCGACGCAGCAAAUCUUGACGACGCAGCCAAAGUCCGCCUACUCUUGCGCAAGCUUAGCGUCCUAGAGCAUACCAAGUAUGUAAAUUCCAUUUUGCCAAAACAUCCACGAGACCACACCUUCAAAGAAACAGUCGAAAAGCUGACAAAACUUUUUGGUUCGCAGAAGUCUCUUUUUAACAUGCGCUAUCACUGCCUACAGAUAACCAAAGAUGCUACCACAGAUUUUUUAACGUACGCAGGCAACGUCAAUAAAGAAUGUGAAAAAUUUCAACAUCAUAAACUAACACUAGAUCAAUUCAAGUGUUUAAUUUUCAUCAUGGGGUUAAAGUCUCCAGCGGAUUUUGAGGUUAGAACCAAAUUACUGGCAAGACUAGACAGCGGCGAAGAAACUCUUACACUUGACAAGUUGUCAGCAGAGUGUAAGCGGUUAAUAAAUCUAAAGGCAGACACAGCAUUAAUCGAAAACAAAAAUGAGACUCGCACAGUCAACAAGGUGCAGGCGAAGAACCACAACAAGCGAUUUCCAAAAACACCGUGUUGGUUUUGCGGCGGUAUGCAUUAUACAUCCGAAUGUCCAUUCAGUAAGCACAAAUGCAAGCACUGCAACCGUGUGGGGCACAAAGAAGGGUAUUGUGAUUCCGGAAAAUCUUACAAAAAUCAAAAACAAACACCCUUACACUUAAAACGCACGGACAAGACAACAAAAAGAAACCGCAGAAACCAAGGUGAAGGAUCAACAAUCAACAGCAUAUUCGUCACUAACCAAAUUUGUGUAGCAAAUCGCAAAUAUAUUCGCGUGCAAACAAACGAUUUCCCGACCGAUCUUCAAUUCGACACAGCUUCAGAUAUUACCAUCAUAUCUGAAGACAUUUUCCGACGGCUUAACGUGAGCAAUAAGACGAAAGUCAGCAACACGGCUCGUAGCGCAACUGGCAAACUCCCAUUAUCAGCACAAUUUGAAUGCACUGCUAAAUUCAAGGGUAAGCAAGCAUCAGCAACAUGCUAUGUUACACCCAUUCAAAAUCUGAAUGUCAUGGGGUUAGACUGGAUUACAGCAUUGAAACUCGAUAAUGAGCCAAUCAAUGCAAUUUGCAACAAAAUCAACAAAGGAUCAUACAAAAAUCAGGGAAGUACAAGUAUUUCAAUUGAUAAAAGCAUUUCACUGCUGAAAAAAUCAUUUCCAGCUGUUUUUGAUGACGAACUCGGUCUUUGCACCAAAGC